AUGAGUUUUUUUGAGAAGCUGACCCAGCGGGCGCACGAUGUCAACUCGCUCCUGUGCGUCGGGUUGGACCCGCACAAGGCCGAGCUCGAAGAGGACUCUGCCGAAGCCGCCUUCAAAUUCUGCCAGCGGCUCAUCGAGGAGACGAAAGACCUCGUGGCGGCCUACAAACCGAACGCCGCCUUCUUCGAAGCCUACGGGGUUGAGGGCUGGGCUGCCCUCCAGCGUACGCUGGCGGCGAUACCCGAGGAGAUUCCGAUUGUCCUGGACGCCAAGCGCGGAGAUAUUGGCUCCACCAGCGAGGCCUAUGCUUCCUCGGCCUUCCAGACUCUGAAAUGCGACUCCGUGACCGUCAGCCCAUACCUAGGUGGCGAUGGUCUCCAGCCGUUCUUGAAGGAUCCCUCGAGAGGGGUCUGGGUGCUCUGCAAGACCUCAAAUCCAGGCUCCCAGGACAUCCAGGCGUUGCAGCUGCCCAGCGGCGAGCCGCUCUACGUCCACGUGGCGAAGGUGUGCUGCUUGCAGUGGGCGAAGGAACACAGCAACGCAGGCCUCGUUGUGGGCGCGACGGACGUCGAGGCGAUGCGCGUCAUCCGCGAAGCAGUUCCCGAGCCUUGCCAUGGAGGGCCGUCUGCUUGUGAAAGCAACAGCCCCGCUUCCCAGCACUGCCACAGCAGCAGAAAAAAUAGACCCACAAUUAUACUUGAACACCAUACAGGGCUCAGCAAGCAAGAACCCUGCAAUCCUUGA